GUAAACAAAUUUCAUGGCGGCAAUUUUGAUUUAUAUUUACGCUAAAAUAGUAUUUCUGUUUUGAUAUCAGCUAAUAAGAUAAAUGAAAAUUGAAGUUUAUAAGGAAAUUAUAUAUGUCCUUGAUUCAAAUAAAAUGAACGAAUCGAUGCAUUUUUUAAAAUUAAAGUUCCCCAAUAUUUCAGAAGGCACGCUAAUAAGUAUAUAUAGUCAAUAUUAUCAUAAUAAGGUGAAAAGUAUUUGUCAUAAACAUUUGCGAAAUGCUGAAAAAUAUUUUAGGCAAUAUUGUUCUAGUGCCUUAAAUGCAAAUUCUAAAGGUUUUUUAUACAGACAAGCUGUUGAACACAACUAUCCUCCAUCUUUGUAUGCACGUAUUAUAUUAGAACAAUUUUAUAAGCAUAAUCUAAAGCAAGAAGUAUCAAAAAGUUUCUUAUCUAAGCAUAUGAAAGAGCCUAAACAAAUUUCAGACGACAUUUUAUCUAGAGAAGUAGAAAUAUGCAAUCAAGAGGACGAUGUUUAUGGACCAACCACUGAAAAAAUUAAGCAUGAAACAGGUCUUAAGUAUGAAAAAAUUGUGUCAGAUUUUUUACAUGAACAAAAUAUACCAUAUGCACAAGAAGAAACUUUGAGGAAAGAAGGAUAUGAUAAAACUCCUGAUUUUAAACUUAUUCUUCCAAUUAGUAUUAAUAACUAUGUUAUAAAUUGGAUAGAAUGCAAAGCAUUGUUUGGCACAGAAGAUUCCCAUAAAAGCUAUUUAGAAAAUCAGUUUUGGAGUUAUACAAACCGCUUUGGUCCUGGAUUAGUAAUUUAUUGGUUUGGGUAUAUUGAUGAACUAAAUAUAAAUGCAGAACGAGGAAUUAUAUUGACAGACCACCUUCCUAAAAAUAUAAUCACCCUGGAAAAACUUUUAGAUGAUGAACUGGAAAAUUUUUAUUUAUCAUUUUAAAUUUUAUUUUAUUUGUUUUAUAUAUUUUAGCUCACUAAUUAUUUAUACGUUUAUAUAUAACUUUUCAGUUAAAUAGAUAUUUUUAUUAAGUUUAUACAUCUUUUAAUUUGUGGGUGCUAGUUAUAAGUUUUGACAUCUUUUAAUUUUAAUUUUACUGCAGUUUCUCCACCCCAACCCCUCUUUUUUAUAGU